AUGUCAUUCGACUACAUCGAAAUAGACGAUCCUGUCUAUAAGGCAACGUGCGAGGAACGUGGGCAGCGAGAUUAUGUUCUAGUCAAACCGAAUGACUACAGUAAGGUACCCAUUACGCUUUCCAACUGGGCACCCGAACUGUGCUGUUUGAACACGAGGUAUCAGACACUGGAUCAAAGAAUAAAAGAUAUGGAAAUCAAACCAGACGACGUAUGGUUGGUAACGUACCCGAAGAGCGGUACCACUUGGUGCCAGGAAAUGAUUUGGCUCAUCUGCAACGACCUCGACUACGAGAAAGCUAAUUCAAUCAAUUUGACCAAUCGGUUCCCUUACCUGGAAAAGGGAGGUCUACGCGAUCUACCUCGUGGGAUGGACCGCUUUCAGGAAGUUGACUCCUUGUCGUCUCCGAGGUUCAUCAAAUCCCAUCUACCGGUUGCCUUGCUGCCGGAUCAAAUCUGGACCGUAAGGCCCAAGAUGGUCUACGUUCGGAGGAAUCCAAAAUCGGUCGCUGUGUCUCUGUACCAUCAUUCGGUUUCGCUGACCCAAUACAAGGGAACGAUCGAUCAGUUUGUGCAGUCGUUCAUGAAGGAGCUGGAAUACUACUCACCUUAUCAUCGACAUGUGAUUGAGUAUCACCAUUUGGAUUGCCAGGACAAUUUGCUACAUCUAUGCUACGAAGACAUGAAGAAGGAUCUCAAAAGCACACUGAAACGCGUAAGCGCCUUUUUCAAUAAAUCCUACUCGGACGAGCAGUUGGCCGAAUUGGAACAGCAUCUAUCGUUCGAUUCGAUGAAAAAGAAUAGCGCGGUCAAUUAUCGUGACCGAGUCGAGUUCUUCCUGACCAAAACGAACCGGGCCGACAAGCUGACCGAUCAGAACUACUUGUUUAUGAGACGUGGAGAGGUGGACGGGUGGAAGAGGGAGUUGGAGCCGAAGUUGCAGCAUGCGCUUGAAGAGUGGACCAAGCGGAAGGUGGUUAAUUCGGAGCAUUUGAAGCUUUUUCAAUGA